GCUCCGCUGGUCCAGUCUCUCACGGUCGUCGCCAUAUUGCGACGAGCUUUACACGCCGUCAAACCGCGACGUGCCCCCCACCCCCUCCGACGACGACGACGACUCCAACUCCGACGACUCCGACUUCGACUCGGCACACACGGUAGCCGCACGGCAAUGGACUGAAAACGGAACGAGCGCGGACACCAUCGCUGCUAUUCCGACGCCUACACGCCGUCACGGUUUUUUUCGGACGGAUUUCCGUCGGGACGGACGCCGCCGCACACCGAAAGAGGUCCACCGCGCACGUCCUGCAGGAACGGACCCAUUUAGUAGUUAGUCGCGGUGUACGCGAGGACCGUGCGCGCGCGGUUCGUCAUUGAGACACUGUUCCGUCGUGUGUGUGUGCGGAUCGGGUAGGGCGAUACAACGUGUACACUUAAGAUUACUGCCUACCUCUACGCAGUCACACGGGACCAUCGCCGACCGCGCGAGAGCCCAUCGCGCCCGCGGAAGAAGUGAGCGGCUCGGUCGAAGACGCAUAUAUAGCUUUUGAAUUUGGACACAACACAACGCGGGAUAAAAUAUGGCACCUGUUGACAAGUCGACCGAUGGAUCCGAUUCAGCAGACAAAUCGGGCACGUCGGCACCGAGUCCGGCGAUCGUCGAAAAUAAGACAGUUGGCGGUACGUCAGCCCAGGGGCUCGACCAGUCAGCCAGACAGGGUACGCCUGUCCUGGACGGUACCGGAUACGCCGAUACGACUAUGAGUUCUAAGCUAGAAAACGCAGACAUCUCAAAAACUAAACUCUCAGACAAAGAUUUGAGGACGCCGAGCAUACCGUUCAUCACGUCCACGCCAAACACCUUGACUCCAACGGAUAGUUCGGAAAUGCCACCAUGGGCGUCAUGGUCUAUAAUAAUAGCGGUAGUAUUACUAGCUGUCGGAUUCGUGGGCUUUUGCAUACACAGAUUCUUCAGGAAGCGAAGAACAAAAGAUGGCAAAAAAGGAAAAGGCGUCGUGGAUCUAAAAGCUGUCCAACUAUUGGGUUCGGCAUACAAAGAAAAAAUACAACCAGACAUGGAAGAAUUGGCUGACAACGCGGAGGAAAUUGCGGAAGAAGGAGACAGUACAAAGGACGAGAAAAAGUUGGGAAGGUUACAGUUCAAGAUGGAAUACGAUUUCCAAGGCAACACUCUCUCCGUGACCGUGAUCCAAGCGGAAGACCUGCCGGCCCUGGACAUGGGAGGUACUUCGGACCCGUACGUGAAGGUCUACUUAUUGCCAGACAAAAAGAAGAAAUUCGAAACAAAAGUGCACAGAAAAACGCUGAAUCCCGUCUUUAACGAAACAUUCCAGUUCAAGGGAAUACCUUAUGCAGAUGCGAUGAACAAAACUUUGGUGUUUGCCAUUUUCGAUUUCGACCGGUUCUCAAAGCACGAUCAAAUAGGAGAAGUUAAAGUGCCCUUGUGUCAGAUCGACUUGGCCCAGACGAUCGAAGAAUGGAGAGAACUGCAGUCGGUCGAAGGAGAAGGAGGACAGGACAACAAGCUGGGAGACAUUUGCUUCUCGUUGCGUUACGUGCCCACUGCCGGAAAACUCACAGUAGUAAUAUUGGAAGCUAAAAAUUUAAAGAAAAUGGACGUUGGUGGACUCUCAGAUCCGUACGUGAAGAUCGCUUUGAUGCAAAAUGGCAAAAGGUUAAAGAAAAAGAAAACUAGUAUAAAAAAAUGUACCCUCAAUCCAUAUUACAACGAGUCGUUUACAUUCGAAGUGCCGUUCGAACAGAUACAAAAAGUCAACCUGGUAGUGACGGUGGUCGACUACGAUCGCAUCGGUACGUCCGAGCCCAUCGGCAAAGUGGUGUUGGGCUACAAUGCCACCGGCACCGAACUGCGGCACUGGUCCGACAUGUUGGCGUCGCCGAGGCGUCCGAUCGCGCAGUGGCACACGCUGAAGGAUCCGGACGACGACGCCAAAAACUAGAGAACGUUACCUAUACGCAACCACCGACCGAACGACAGAACAUCGCCGCCGGUCACUGUCAUCGCUUAACCAGCCGAUUGGAUAUUAUAAUAUUACUAUACUACCGUAAACAAAAAUAAUCCUUAAACGACACACAAAUCGGAAUCUGAAAUACAAACAAACACCUCCAACCCGAUAUGGGCACGCUGUAAAAUAAUAUCGAAAUAGAUAAUUGUCUGAACGAGAAAACGCGCAAAUUUCGUGUAUUGUUAUCUAUCCGUAGAGAAUAUUACAACAUUAUUAUUCUAAUUCUUUCUCAAAAAAAAAAAAACAACAUUAUACGAUAAUAAUUGUUAGCGUACCCACCGGCCACCACAUUAAUAUAUUAUGACUUUCUUAGUGUCCACGAUUUGUAUGUACAUAACAAUGUUAUCGUUGCGUGGUUUCACAUGUUCAACUUCUCACCCGUCGUCAUUAGCCCUCCAAAAUAAAAAGAAUAAAAUCCCUAAUAUUCCUACCAGCCACCAUAGACAUAAUAAAUUUUCCUAAAAACACAAAAAAAAAUGUUUAUACAUCCGUUUUACCCAAUAGAUUAUACACUUAAUGAUCGUCGUUUAUCGUUCAGGUGCCACCCAUAGAGAUAUUAUAAAAACAAACCUCGUCUUAUUGUGGUGCGUAUUAUUAAAAUAUAAUCAUUCAGUGCCAUAGCCAGGGGGACUGAGUGCGCGGAAAACCACCCUGAGAUUCCAGGAAAAUUGAAUAACGCUUAUCCAAAAAUAAUACGUAACCAUGUAUAAAAAUUGUAAUUUUUAUAAAGGUUAAUGUGAAUGUCUAAAAUGUCAUAUACCCAUGGCAUCAGCGUCCCAAACAUAAUAAUAUGAGGGACCCCAGUUAAGCCUCCUCAAAACAAAUUAUCAGCCCUACCUCCUAAGUAAAAUCCUGGCUGAUCCUUCGUAUAAUAAUAAUAUUAUGAUAUAUUGUACUUAAGAGCGAGUGAAAUUAUUGUCGAUACCGAACAAAAAAAAAAAUAACAAUGCAAUUACAAAACGUCUUAUAAUAUACACCGAUGUCUUCUCCGCGUUAUUAUUAUAUUGGUAGAAUAUUGCCGAUAAUAAUAUUAUAUAAUAUGUUGCCUAUAUAUCAUCGCCCUAUCGGGUAAUAUAUUAUACAUAGGUAGGUACACUCAUCUUUUUAUCGUUUUAUUUUUUCUUCUCUCCUUCUCUUAACAGAAAUUAUAGACCUACUUAUAAUAAAAAUUAAAAAAUAAUAAUAUUACAUUAAUACAUACAUUAUAAUAUAUUAUAUAUAAAUUAUAAUAUUAUCUUCGUUAACCCUCCCGCGGGUGUUGUUCUAAACUAAGCCACUGUUAUUCGCUUCAUGUAAACAUUAUUUAGUUUUAAUACACCUACCUACCCUAUACCUAGUUCAGAAAAUAAUACCAUUGUAUUAUUAAUAUUAUUAUUACUAAAUAUAUAUAUAAUUAUAUUAAGUUCUCUGUGUAAAUACUAUUUUACCACCAUUAUUAUUAUUAUUAUUAUUAUUAUUAUUAUCAUCAUUACGUUUUGUUUGAUCGGAUAGAUUUAACACGUUAUUAUAAAAUAGUCUUCGUUAUUUAAUUGUAAUAAUAUUGUUAUCCUCGGAAAGACCGGAGAGGUGCGUUUAUUAAUGAAUCAUUUAAACAAAAAUUAUAUUAUCUUUACAAAAAAAAAAAUACCUCAUUCAUACCUCAUUCCUAGUCAA